GAGGAGGCGGAGAAGGAGGAGCCGCCAGGGGGCAGUCUCGACUGUUAUCCUCGGCGCGGCCCUCCCUACCUACCUCUCGCCAAAGGCGACCUCAGUGCAAGGUCAAGAAACAAUGCACAGCGCGACAGCCCGCUCACUGUGAAUUUUGGCAGCGAGCACCUGCCUGCGCGCCUGGGCCAGCCUGGGGAGGCGCAGGGCGCACGGCGAGCAGUGCCUGCACACUGCCCACACCUGCUGGGGGGCCUGCCGUGCCGACGCCCCAGGCACAGCGCGCAGCGCGGCGCAGGCUCCUGCGGCGCCGGCGGUGCAGAAGAGCUGCCCAGCGACCUCAGGCAUCUCUAG